AUGGCGCCCAAGAUCAAGUUCGAACUAAAGACCCCCAAGGGCACCAAAGACUGGGAGGGCAAGGAUAUGGUCAUUCGUGACAAGAUCUUCAGCACCAUCGCUGAAGUCUUCAAGCGUCACGGCGGAGUCACCAUCGACACUCCCGUCUUCGAGCUCAGGGACAUCCUCUCUGGCAAGUAUGGCGAGGACAGCAAGCUCAUCUACGACCUUGCCGACCAGGGUGGCGAGAUCUGCUCUCUGCGAUACGACCUUACCGUCCCCUUUGCCCGCUUCCUCGCCAUGAACAAGGAUAUCCAGAACAUCAAGCGCUACCACAUCGCCAAGGUGUACCGAAGAGAUCAGCCAGCUGUGAGCAAGGGCCGGAUGAGGGAGUUUUACCAGUGCGAUUUCGACAUCGCCGGAUCCUUCGAUGCCAUGGUGCCCGAUGCCGAGGUCCUCCGCAUCAUCACUGAGGUCUUCGAGGGCCUUGGCUGGAACGGCGGAUACACAAUCAAGCUGAACCACAGGAAAAUCCUCGACGGUAUCUUCGAAGUCUGCGGUGUGCCCGAGGACAAGAUUCGCACCAUUUCGUCGGCUGUUGACAAGCUGGACAAGAUGCCAUGGGCUGAUGUGCGCAAGGAGAUGACCAUCGAGAAGGGACUGGAUGAAGGUGUUGCCGACCGCAUCGGAGAGUGGGUCGUCCUCAAGGGAAAGCAAGAUCUGCUUGAGAAGCUUCGAAAUAACGAGGAGCUGGCGGCCAACGCGUCUAUGAAGAAGGGCAUGGAUGAUUUGGCUCUCCUUUUCGAAUACCUGGAGGCAUUCAACGCACUUGACCGAGUAUCCUUCGACCUCAGCCUGGCCCGAGGUCUCGACUACUACACAGGAUUGAUCUACGAGGUUGUGACGGAAGGAUCUGCUCCCUCUGUGACCCCCAGUCAGGAGGGCGAAGCACCCAAGCCAUCCAAGAAGAGGGGCAAGAAGGGCUCCGAGGAUGACGACCGUUCCAACGACCCCACCGUCGGUGUUGGCAGUAUCGCUGCUGGUGGCCGUUAUGAUGAGCUUGUCGGCAUGUUCUCGGGCAAAAACCAGAUUCCCUGCGUCGGAAUUUCCUUUGGCGUGGAUCGCAUCUUCUCCAUCACCAAGGCAAAGAUGGCUGCGGACAAGAGCGCGGCGGCCGUUCGAAAUAACGACGUCGAUGUCUACGUCAUUGCGUUUGGCGGCAAGGGCUUCCUGAAGGAGCGCAUGUCAAUUUGUGCCACGCUCUGGGAAGCCGGUAUCAAGGCCGAAUUCCUCUACAAGGUUAAGCCCAAGGUUCCUGCCCAGUUCAAGGCCGCUGAAGUCAACGGCGUUCCCUUUGCCAUCUUCCUCGGUGAGGAUGAGGUCGCCGGUGGCAAGGUCAAGAUCAAGGAGAUGGGAUUGCAGGAUGGCCACCCCGAGAAGGAGGGUGUGCUUGUUGACCUUAAGGAUAUGACGCGAGAGGUCAAGGUCCGCCUCCAACGCAAGCGAGAGUUGGAUGAAAUGACACGACAGGCUGAGGGCCUUAGAGUGGUCCAUGGAAUCAAGGGCGACGAGGUCAAGGUCGACGAGGUCAAGGUCGACGAGGUCAAGGCCGAAGAGGUCAAGACCGAGGAGAAGGCCGAGGAGGCACCUGUCGCUGUUGAGCAAGCUCCCGUUGAGCAGGCCCCUGCUGAGCAGAAGACUCCUGCGGAGGAGCAGACGCCUGCGAAUCCUUCGGCAUAG